AUGUAUAACGCCAUCGGCGAGUGUUGCCCGCGUCUGCAGAACUUGGCACUCAGCAGCAUCGGAGUGUACGAGGAAAUCAUGUACCCGAGAGAGCAGUGCUUCAAUGACCUCAGAAGUCUAGAGGUCUGGUCAGCGCUGACAUCCGAGACUAUGAACUCCACAAUACUCCGUCAGUUGCUGACAUAUUGCCAUCACUUGCAGAAUCUUCUUAUCAAAGCCACUGAUGCCAUAUCAGAUAAACUUCUUUACGACAUUUGGCGGGAAAACGAGAUGAAACAGCUGUCCCGCCUCACGAUCGACACCUGCCCCAACGUCACAGCUGAGGCCAUCCACCAGCUGCUCGACAUGACCAACAACCUCACCCUCAUUCGACUGUGGGGUUGCUUCUUCAUCACGAAGAACGACGAAGCCAAACUCCAGAAACGGAUUAAGGACGAAAACUGUGAUGUCUAUCUCGAGUGGUAUUGUUGGGAAGGUUAAAUUUGGGGGGAAACAUGGCGAUUUUUUUUUUUUUUUUUUUUUUUUUAAGAUGAGAUGGUUGUUGUUGUUGUUGUUUUGUUUACAUAACGGGACUGCGUGCGUAAGUGAUUAUAAUGGUUUUAUGAAUUAUGGUAUAUUGGAUUUUUUUUUUUUUUUCAUUUCUCUUCUUUCUCCGGGAAUCAUAUUUUUGAAUGUUUAAAUAAGGUUUUUUUUUAAUGUUCUGGUUUGUUUACUGUGAUCGUUUUCUGUAAGUUGAAACUACUGAGAGAUUUUGUGAGUGGUUAUCAGUAUAUAAACACCAUGCAAAACUUUUAAACAUAAAUUAAUUAAGUCAUAUCAAAGUUCAACCGCAUAUCAUUAUGUUAUGUUAUCUGUUUUUUACCGCCGUGUCCCCAGUUGUGAUUAUAUAUAUAUAUAUAUAUAUAUAUAUAUAU